UUCUUAUUGACUAGUAAGAAGAAAAGGGUAAGAAAAACAUAAUAUUUCGGGAGAUUUAGAGAGAAAAAAGGAACCAAUCAGAAUAAAGGAAGAGGAAGAAAAUGGCGCGUUCUGAUUGGCUUAGAGAAACAAGAAGGGCUUAAUAUGGCGGCCUUGAGGGAACCAGACAGUGGGCUAUUGAGAGGAGGAAAGAGUUUUUGGUGUUUUGUCGCCUUAUUAUUGGUGUUGUGGUGUGGCAUGGCGUGGUGGUGAUGAGGGAGGCACCUGUCAUUAAGGAGAAGAUGGAGGAACAGGUGUGUGAGCCGCUAAUUAAAGACAUGGAUGAGAGGGAGGAGGCGGUGGCGGCGGCGGUGGCGGUGGUGGGUGCCAGUGCCAAGCGUGGGGUGGUCACUCUCUGUGCCAGCGUCGCCCACAUCAUCAGGAAGAACUUAAGGCUGCAGCAACAAGUGAAGGAGCUUGAGGAAAGACUGAAGGCCCUGGAAAGACUCACCUCGGAGGACAGUGCUGCCAGCCAGUGCCAGGAGUGUGUCAGUGCCAUCAGUGCCGUGAGUGCCGCCAGCCAGUCCACCUCAGACAGCCUGCCGGAGUCCCCCUCGUCACAGAGAUGUGGAUCAGCACCCCCACACUUCCUGGCGGGGUCCCUAAGGCCUUGUGGGGGCCCAGGGGCAGCACCGAGGAAGGCCAGCGACCCAGGGAGUGGUGCCACCUUCCUGCGGGGCCACACCAGGGCCUCCACGGGGAACCUGAACCCCUGCGGCCCUCCCCUGGCACCCUUUGUCAGGAGGAAGUACAGUAGUAUUAGUCUGCGCAGGGUGAGGCGGCACUCACCCCCUGCUGGGAGAACGGUGGGUGGGAGGUCGGCAACAGUGGGCAUUGAGGGAAGCAACACCAGUUUGGAGCAACACACCACCACCAGCACCACCAGUAGCAAAUCUUGUAUUGUGACAGUGGCAGAGGUGUACCCAAUGCCUACCACCACCACCACCACCACCACCACCACCACCACCACCACCACCACCACUAACAACAAUAAGGAGAGUGAUGCUGUGAAGUUGCUGGCACAGAAGUUGACCAGUGUGCUGCAGGAGGACACCACACACCACCACCACCACCAUCACCACCACCACCACCAGCAGGAGGAAUUUGAGGACAUGGUGUGUGUGUUUUUUUGUGUUGUUCCUUCUAUUCCGAGUCCUCCUUCUCUUGUACCCCCACACAUCUCUACUCUUGCUUUUCCUAUUUACUCUCUUUCCUUCAAUUUUUACUCAUGUUUCUACCUAUUACUACCAUCCUCUUCUAUUUUGACCGCUUUCUCCUUCCUCCUCCUCCCUCUUCCCUUUCAUUCUUCCCUCUUCCACUCCUUCUCUUUUCUUAUUUUUCUGUCCACUCUUUCCCUCUUCAAUUUCCCUCUCCUAUUUCUAUCCAUAUACUGUCCCCCUUCCUCCUCCCCUACAGGUGGUGUGUGGCCCCCUCCCUGCUCUAUUCUGAUCCCUCCCCUUUCUCCCCUACAGGUGGUGUGCCCCCACCCCCUGGCUGGCUGUGAGUGUGUGGUGUGCUUGCAGCUCUCGGCCAACCCUGAAAACAUCCCUUAUGAAGUUGUGACAGAUGAGGGGUCGCUGCUCCCCCCGGGCAGUACUGUCUUGGUGAGGGGGCAACGCGUUGGCACUGUUAUCUACUUUGGCCACCGCAAGAACCAAGUGAGAGGCAGUGACGGCCCCGUGGCACCCCUGCUUCCACAUGCCCCCCGACACACAGGGCAGCCCAGGGGAGGGGUGAGAGGGGGCCUGGCAAGUCCUCUGGGGGUGACGCUGCAACUCUGGCCCCCUGACGAAGGCGAGGUGUUUGUGCCCCUGAACGACAUCAUCUGCCAGCUGGACGACGAUGGCGACACCAACACCAACAGCAACACCAGCGACGCACCACCACUGGACACCACCACCAUCACCACCGACACAGAGCUGGACGACACACUGACUGACACACACACACACACUGACACAUAUGAGGAAGUGUGUGGCUUUAUAAAUGACACAGCAAGAGACACAGCACCCACAGGACACAUGAAGAGGAGCACAGAGGACACAAGACACACCAGAAGUCACCAGUUUGCCAAUGUGUCAGAUAUUUCUAUGUACGAGUCCUUUGGCACCAGGAGAGGCAUAAAGGAUACACUGAGACGUCCUGUGGGAUACCAGGAGUGUGUGGGUGGUGAAAAGUGCCAUAGGUUUGACCAGGAAUGGCACAGGUCACAUGGCACUCUCAGGCACCACUCACAGGCACCACGAAGGCACUCAAAGGAUCUAAACUGUGACCUUCAGAGUGAUAACCUUCAUUUUAGUGACCUUGGAAGUCUGAAUGGCGACCAUGGCGACAAAAAAUUCAAUAUGGUGACCUGGGAAGUCAGGAAGGUGACAAAGUUUGAAUUUGGCGACCAUGGGGAUAAAAAACUUCAGUAUGGCGAUCUUGAAAGACAGAAUGGCGACAAAAGACUUCAAUAUGGCGACGUUGAAACUCAGGAUGGCGACAAAAAGCGGCAAUUUGGCGACACGUGGGAUUCCGGCUGUUAUGUGAAUUUUGGUCGACAUGGCAGCGAGUGUUCCGAAUUUUCCGACCCCGAGAGUGACUGUGGCAACGCUGGGCAUCCGUGGGGCACCAGUUUGGAGGAGGCCCUUAACUCAGUAUGGCGAAAACACAAGCAUGGCGACGCCGUUCCUCUGUACCUCAGGACGUCGCCAGAUACUUUUAUCCUUGACUCGGAGAUUGAGUUGAAGGAUUACAGUGGAUGUGAAAAGGUGAGGGAGGACACCGUGUGCUGAGGGAACCCACCUACUACUACUACUACUACUUUAUUUAUUUUAUUUUAUUUUAUUUUAUUUUUUUAUUUCUACUACUACCACCGGUGACUAUUGGAUCCUGCCACACGACCACUCCUUCCUCCUCCUCCAACCACCACCACCACCACUGUCGCCACUGUCCUGUGUUCUGCGGAAGGAUACAUUUGUGUUACUAUUCAAUCAGACACUUGCUUUGGUAAUCUCACGCCAGCAAACCCUUCACUGGUCAGGUCAGGUCAGGUCAGGUCAGGUCAACUGUACCUUUAAAAUCAGUGUCUCUGCAUUGAUGAGGUCGUCACAAAUGAAUGACUUAAAAACAUCAACUUGGAUUCAAAAUUUAUGUAUCAUUGAGGUCAAGUUGUCUGUCAGUGAGAUCAAGGUGUUUCUCUGCAUUAAUAGGUCAUGUCAUGUUAAUUAAUAUUCUAAAAUUAAAUAAUAUCGUUAAGUUUCUCAGAAGGUCAAGUCAAGUGAAAUUGUCCUUCAAAGAUUCCAAACUUGUCUUCAUGUGUGAGGUCAAGGGUCAGGUCAGGUCAGGUCAAAUCGUCUAAAAAAUCAGUCUCUCGUCACUAGUCAUCUCAAAUCAGGUUAACUUGUGCCUCUAAAAUCAAUAAAAAAAUAUCAAGUUAACUUUUAGAAGAAGACGGAUUCAUAAUUUUAUACGAACAAGAAAUUUUUAGAGUAAGACGGAUUCAAAUUUUAUACGAACUGGAUCUAAGUCAAGACACCCAAAAAGUGAAGAGAAGUGAAGGAUUUUGCAGCGCCACUUAGCAUUGAAGUCUGCUUGUUACGAGAUUAUGAAGUUAUGGCCAGUUAUUUACCUAUGUGCAUUAAAUAUUUUCCAACCUCCUCCCUUAAGAGUUAUUUUAGACAGCUUUUAUGAUAUUUCUGUACAUUAUUUGACCCCCUCUCUUAGUUGUAAUGGUAUCUCUGUACAUAACUAUUUACAUAACUAUUUUCCAACCACUUCCCUCCCACCGCCUCCCUUAAGAGUUAUUAUAGACAGCUUUUAUUAUAUUUCUGUACAUUAUUUCAUCUCCUCUCUUAGUUCUAAUGGUAUCUGUGCAUUAACUAUUUUCCGACCACCUCCAUUAGUUCUAGUUAUUAAAGGGAGAGUUUUUAUGGAGUUAUUAUAUCUUUGUGAGUUGAAUAUUUUGUGAGCUCCUCCUUCAGUUAAUUAAGGAACAGUUUUGAUAUUUCUGUGAGUACAUUAAUGGUUUUGUACACUAAUAUUAAUGGAUUUGUACUCUUCUCUCACCUCCUCUUAACAGUUUCCAUAUUUCUGUGAGUGCAUUAAUGGUUUUUUUUUUCAAUGAAGUCUCGAUGUGUGUUACUUAAUUUUCUCAGUGUCUCUAAUGGACGCUAGCUAAGGGACAGGGGUAGGGAAGUAUUUAGACAGUUAUUAGUUACCUGUGUACACUUCAUUAUUGUUUUUAGCUUUCUCUCAUAGUUAGAAAGAUAUUUAGUUAUUUUUCUAUGUAUAUACACUAUUUUUCUAUCCUCUCUUAGCUAGGUUUAUAUUUAGACAGGUAUUCUAUUUCUGUAUACAUUUUUUUUUCUUAGCUAGGAAAAUAUUUAGAGAAAGUUAUUAUAUCUAUGGACACUUUUUUUCUAUCCUUCUCUAUGGACACUUAUCAUUUUGUUCUAUCUUUUUCCUCUAUGGACACUUAAAUAUUUUUCCAUCCCUCUCCUCUAUGAACUAAUUUUUUUCUAUCCUUUUCCCUUAGCUAGUAAAAUAUUUAGACAGUUUCCCGAGACACCUCCCUUCCUUAGAGUACAUUAAUCUCACUAACACGACCUUUAAUCCCUUCCUUAGAGUACAUUAAUCUCACUAACACGACCUUAACACCUGCUCGUUCUUUUUACUUCUUUCUUUGACGGACUGUGACGUUUUUAUAAUUCAAUUUAUUUUUACUCAACAAAAUGCUUAAUUAUUAUUUUCAUCAUGGCAUGGACUGUGACGCUUUCAAACCCUUCAGUACUGGGACACAUUUUUACCAUGAGUUUGUGUACCAUUAGACCAUUUUAUUGACAUUUGCAAGGGUCUGUGGAGGUCUGAAGAUUAAUGGCCACAGUCUUCACUAUUCUAAACCCCUUCAGUACUGGGACACAUUUUUACCAUUAAUUUUGUGUACCAUUAGACCAUUUUAUUGACAUUAGGAACAGUAUAUGGAGGUCUGAAGAUUAAUGGCCAGUCUUCACUAUUUUAAUCCUGUAUGAAGUCACCAAGUAGUCACCAGAAUGAAUAUGGAAAUGUGUCAUGGUACUGAAGGGGUUAGCACCAUUUUAUAAUCUACUUUUAUUCAACAAAGCAUUAUUAUUACUUUUAUUUGUUCCUAACCUUUUGACUGGUGAUCGGAGAGUCUGUGGCUGAAGGACUUGGCAAGGCUUGGUUCCUGCUGGCUCACUGUUUCUGACAGGCUUAGUGACAGGGAGAGCUUGGAGACCUUGUGACUUGGGAGACCUGGAGACUUGGUGAGGUUGUGACUUGGUGAACUGGAUGAGCUGGUGACUUGGAAAACUUGGUGACUUAGGGACCUAGUGACUUGGAAAAUUUGGUGACUUAGGGACCUGGUGACUUGGAAAACUUGGUGACUUAGGGAACUGGUGACUUGGAAAACUUGGUGACUUAGGGAUCUGGUGACUUGGAAAACUUGGUGAACUGGAUGAGCUGGUGACUUGGAAAACUUGGUGACUUAGGGACCUGGUGACUUGGAAAACUUGGAGACUUAGAUACAUGGUGACUUGGAAGACCUAAAGACUUAGAGACCUGGUGACUUGAAAGACCUGGUGACUUGGAAGACCUGGUGACUUGAAAGACCUGGUGACUUGGAGACCUGGUGACUUGGAAGACCUGGUGACUUGGAAGACCUCGAGACUUAGAGACGUGGUGACUUGAAAGACCUGGUGACUUGGAAGACCUGGUGACUUGGGAGACUUGGUGACUUGAGAUACCUGGUGACUUAGGAGACUUGCCACAGCACUCUUAUCUAUGACGAGAGGAAACCAAAUAGUGCCUUACGGUUGCCAUGGAAACCAAAUAUUUUAAUGUGCCAAAAAUGUUACUUGUAGGAAAAUAAAGUUAUUAAUAUUG